UGGCCUUCACUGCCUGGUUAAACAUACCAGAGCUUGAACGCAGCACAGGAACACACAUUCACUAACAACACUCUGUCCCUCUCUCGUUCUUCUUCACUCCAAUUAUUUUUACUCUGCUUUUGCUCAAACUUGCCGAGGUUGGACGGUUUUGAUAACAAAGAGGGAGCAGAAAUGAGGAUGUUUCUCCCCUUGUCAGCGCUGAUAUGCCUGUCAGUCUUCCAGCAGUGCGUUGGAGAUCAGCCGGUGGAGGAAGUCAUCGUUACCAAAAAUGUGCCACGUUUGGGGGACUGGUUCGAGAAGAAUCCAGAGGCAGAAGAUAUUCAGAAGGCAGCUCAGUACGCCGUCAGGAAAUUCAACUCGCACUCCAAGGCAAAGAAGAUCUUCAGAGUGGUGUCCGUCACCAGUGCCAAAGCACAGGUGACCAACAUGGUUAACUUUAAAUUUGACACCAUCCUUGGAAAAACCAAGUGUCUGAAGUCUGAAAACCAUGACCUGAACAACUGCAAAUUGGAGAAACGGCAACUGAAAUGCCACUUUGACGUGAUCUUCAACCCCCGCAACAACGAGCAUGAAAUGCGGAGUCACAAGUGCAAGAAGAUUGGCAAGAAAGUUUAACCAUUUUAUAAGAUCCACGUUUCAUAGCUGUGAUUGCUAUCUCACUUUUUUUUUUUUUUAAAUGUACAAUCGAAUACAUUUUUACACAGUUAAUGUUAGAUGUGGAAUAUUAAAACACUUUUUUAAAAUCAAGCCAAUAAAUUUGGGAAAGGUUUACCGGGAAGAGAAAAUGACUUUUGUCUUAUUUGACGUGGAGCUGAACAGGUGUUUGUGCCUUUUAUCCAGUCACUGUUUAUCUUCAAAUAUUUGAAUAUAUGAUUUUAUGCAUAGGUUUAAAGCGAAAAGAAACACAAAAAAUGCUGAAAGAAAAUGGAUGAUAAUUCAAUUAAUUUAUUUAAAUUCAAACAAAUGCAGAGACAAAUGAGAAAUAAAUGCAAACGUGUGGAUUUGAUUUUUUUUUCUUUUUUCGAAAAAAACAAAUUUGCAUGCAGAUUUCUUUGGGAAUCACUGCCGAGCUUUGGUGAUUUCUGAACAGGACACGGUUCUCUAUAUAUCAAUUCUGCUCUACUUAUUCCUUCCUCUGCCAGCUCAAGGCAACACAACCCUACACCCUAAAUGGAAAGUGUGACACACAAUUUACUCCCUCUACAGUGAGCCCCCAUGUAGAACAGAAACAAUGUAAAUAAAAGCUUUUAGAAAAUUGCAAAACAGCAACUUGUCAAUCAGUACAACAUUGAAAAAAGAAAAGAAAAAUAAAGCUAUUCAAACAGUUAAACCAUAUUCAUAGUGUUAAAUAUUUCCACAUGAUCUGUUCAUUUAGUCUUUUUCUGUUUCUUUUUUUUU